ACAUCUUAGUUCCCACGUUUUUCUCUCUCUGAAUCUCUUUCUCUCUGUUUUGUUGAUUACGUUUCCUUUUUUUUUCUUAAUCUGUUUUUCCACUUUCUUCUCUUGGUCCCUUGCUGUCAUGGAAUCCAUGUCUUCUCUUCCCCAUCUCAAACACAUAGAGUAAUGGGGGAAACACGGUGUGCAUGGUUUUGAGUCUCUCACGUUAUUAAGAUCACAAUAUAAGAGAUAAUAAGACACAGGUAGAUACAACCAAUAUGUUGCAGAGAGCGGCAAGCAAUGCUUAUUCAUGGUGGUGGGUUAGUCACAUCAGAACAAAGCAAUCAAAAUGGAUGGAGCAAAACCUUCAAGAUAUGGAGGAAAAAGUGCAAACUGUGAUGAAGCUCUUAGAGGAAGAGGGAGACUCUUUUGCUAAGAGAGCAGAAAUGUAUUACAAAAGGAGACCGGAACUGAUAAGCUUUGUGGAGGAAUCAUUCAAGGCUUACCGAGCUUUAGCAGAACGAUAUGAUCACAUAUCCACAGAGUUACAAAAUGCCAACAACACUAUUGCUUCUGUCUUUCCAGAUCGCGUCCCACUUAUGGAUGAAGAUGAUGAUGAUGGUUCACCAAGGCCUGGAAGAAAAAAACCAGAAGGGUCCAAGAAAAAUAUUCCAAAACCUCCCCUUAAAGAUUUAAAAACUAUCAUAACAACAGCAGCAGCCACAAAGAAAUUUCAAUCCAAGAAGCCAGCUGCCACAGCAGCUUCUGCUGCUCCAAAAGUUCCUAAAUCUGGUUUGAGCAGAAAAGAGGCACGUGAAGAGGUUGACAAGCUGCAGAAAGAGAUUCUGGCUCUACAAACUGUGAAAGAGUUUGUAAAGAACUCUUAUGAUAAUGCCUUUUCUAGGUACUGGGAAACUGAGGAGCAAAUCAAGGAAUUGCAAGAGAGAGUUUCCACUCUGCAAGAUGAAAUUGGAGAAGGUGUGGUUAUUGAAGAUGAUGAAGCUCGCCAUUUGAUGGCAGAAACUGCACUUAAAUCAUGCCAAGACGCAUUGACACAAUUGCAAGAGAAACAGGAAAGAUCACUCGAUGAAACCAGAAUUGAAGCCAAAAGGGUAAAGGAUGUGAAGGCCAAGUUGGGUUCUCUCAUGGACGAGUUCCAUUAUGAUAAGAGCAAUUCCAAAGAGCCAAAGGUCCAAGGAGAUUUAAAAGAAAUAGCAGAAACAAAGGACUUGGAAGAAAAUGCGGAUGGAUUGACUCAGCAGAAACAGGAGUUGCAAUUAUUAAAGGAGAACAUUAAAGAGCACUUUGAGACUAGCUCCAAUUCUUCACUCAGUGUAGCAGAAAUGGCAGAGAAGAUUGAUGAGCUAGUGAACAAAGUGAUUAGCUUGGAAACUUCAGUAUCGUCCCAGACUGCUAUGGUAAAGAGAUUGAGAACAGAAACUGAUGAACUUCACGAGCAGAUUCGGGCUCUAGAAAACGAUAAGGAAAGUCUUAUCAAGGAUAAAAAUAAAUUGAACAACAAACUGAGAGAGAUGGAAGAAAAGCAGCAUCGAGUACAGGAUCUAAACCAAAUUGUUGAGGAACAGAAUAGCAAUCUCCAAAACCAAUUCACUGAAGCACAUAGUAAACUUGAUCAUCUCUCAGAGGAAAUCCAAAAUGUGCAGCUGGGUGAGGAGGCUAUGACCACAGAUUUAUCAAACCCGCAAAAAGAUUCAUCAAAUCAAGCUGAAUCAAAAUGUAAGUCUGAAGGACAAGUUCCUUUGAAUCAAGACGACUUGUUGAAUGAUAUUAAUUCUGAAAAGGUGCUUACAGCUGGUUUGGUUGCUGGUACAUCAGACAAGAAGCUUGAGGUCACUGACUCAACAUUUUCUUAUGAACCCAACAUCAGCGCUUCAUUGGAAAAUGAUGGUAAGUCAGUACAUGAUGUAAUAUCAAACAAGAAGCCUGUGGUCCCUGACUCACCAUUUGGUAAUGAACCCAAUGUCACCGGUUCAUUGGAAAAUGAUGUUAAGUCAGUAAAUGAGGUUAAGGUCACCAGUUCCUCAGAAAUGGAAGAGGCAACACUUGUGGAAAAACAAUCUACAGAAGAGUUAGAAGAAGAAGAAGAGAAGACAGUAAAUCCUAGCAAUGGUGAUGAAAAGGCAAUAGUUGCUGUGAGCAGUACUACAGAAAAUGAGGAAUUCAGUAAGCACCGGCCAAGCAACAAGGCAGAUAGUUCUUCGGAGAGUUUUGAGAAACCACAAGAAAAUGAUGCUAAGCAAAGUUCAUGCGAGAUAGAGAAUCUCAAAGAUAAUCACAAGAAGCAGGGAACAGCACAAGAAGAUGAACCUGAUUGGCGGCAAUUGUUCACAAAUGGAAUGCAGGAUAGAGAACAAGUUCUGCUGACCGAGUAUACUAAUACUCUCCGGAGUUAUAAAGAUGUGAAGAAGAGGCUGGCUGAAAUAGAGAAGAAAAAUCAAGACGGCAACUUUGAUUCAUCUUUGCAGCUAAAAGAACUGAAGACAGCUAAUGCCAUGAAAGAUGAAGAGAUAAGACUUCUGCGUCAGAAACUCGGUCUCCUGCAGAGAAGCUUGGAAGGAAAUGAGGACUUGCCGGAGUCACCUCCAGUACUGCCACCAGGAAGACAUGACAUUGAGAAACUACUAAAAAUUGAACCACGUGAAUCUACUUCUUCACCCAUUGAAGAGAAAUUCCGGUCAAACAUGGAUGAAAUUCUAGAGGAGAACUUAACUUUCUGGUUAAAAUUCAGUGCUUAUUUCUCUGAGAUACAGAAGUUUGAAACCACCGUCAAAGAUUUGCAAACCGAGUUAUCAAAUCUAGAGGAAAGAGGGAAGUCGUCAGAUAGUAAUAGUAACAUAAAGUAUGCUAUUAAAUCAGAUGCAAAACCGAUUUACAGACACCUAACAGAGAUCCAAACUCAAAUAACAAUCUGGAUGGAAAAAGGUGCUUUGCUGAAAGAAGAACUGCAACGUCGAUUCUCAUCUUUGUGUGAUAUCCAAGAAGAGAUAACAGCAGCACUGAAAGCCAGUGCUGAAGAUGAUGACUUCAGGUUCACAAGCUACCAGGCUGCCAAGUUCCAAGGUGAGACUUUGAACAUGAAACAGGAAAACAACAAGGUUGCUGAUGAACUUCAAGCGGGUUUAGAUAUUGUAUCGUCCCUCCAACUUGACGUAGAAAAGGCCCUGGUGAAGUUGAAUGAUGAAUUUGGGUUCUCAGCUUCAAAGAGACAACAAAAUGGCCAACUAAGACAAUCAGAAAAUCGGGCCAAGGUUCCUCUGAGGUCAUUUAUCUUUGGUGCCAAACCAAAGAAACAAUCGAUCUUCUCCUGUAUGACCCCUGGAAUGCAUAGGAAAUACCGGGCUGCCAAGGAGCACAGCCAUACGUAAAAUGCUUUCCUAGUUUGCUAUUGUGUUUCUUUAAUUUUUCAUCUGUGAGAAUUCUCUUAUCAGUUAUAUUAGGCAGUGUAUUGAGUACCCUUUUUUACAUGAAGGGAAGAUUCAUUCUUCAUUUUUUGCUUGUUUAUAAAUCAUAAGUUGGUGAAGUGUGAUAAUGUAGUAUUUUGCUUUA